GUAAAUUCCUGUUUAAUUUUAUAAUAAAUUGAGUCAAAAAUAUUACUUAAGUAUGAUUAAAAUAGCUCAUUAAACUAAGAAUCUAGAUAAGGUUCUAAAGAAAUAAUAAAAAUAGAAUCAGUUCAACGUUUCGAAUUAGAUCUAACCUCUAAAAUGUAAAGGCGGCACUUUAUGAAAAGGUUUCUAAUAGUGCUUAGUUCAGUUUCUAGUUGAUUUAUUAUAAAUUCAGGAAUGGCGACAUCCGGUGCCUGUUAUUGGAAAUGCCUGUGGCGGUGGAUAACUUCCCAGAGCCUGACAGAGCAGGAGUUAACAAAAGUUUUAGACAAGACUGUUGUGGAGUCCUUGCGUCAAGGGCUGAACAGCUACAGGCCUCUCAAGCCGGAGUUGUACUCCCAACUCCAGUCAAAGUAUCCGGAUCAAACGAGGCUUUUGAGUGUUGUACAAAUAUUACAGAACUAUAUUGAUGUGGAUAGUUUUCAAGUUUGGGAUAUUCUCAAACAUCAUAUAUGUGACAUCUACUAUGGUACACCAGAUAACGCUUUAAAAAAUAUUGCAUUUGUGGACACUAGACCAUCAUUCCUCUUACCGAAUACAUGGAACUUUUAUUACUCGGAGAGAUUGUUCCUACUUAAACUUCUGCAGUAUAUUAUACAAUUUAAAUCAGAUAACACUCACAAAUAUAGCGAGUGUUUCAGAAAAAUAAUAUCAGAGAUACAGAUGAAGAAUUUGAGAACAUCUCUCAUUGCACAAUUUGAGAAGGUAUUGUCGUUAGCGCCUCCGUCACGGCGAAUACAGACUGACUUUGGCAGUGAUGCUGUGAGACAGGAGUGGGCAGAGUCGAACAUGAGGGAGCAGCUCGCUAUACUCCAAAUACUUAUAUUGAUAAGUGACGAGGAGCCAUGCCCAGAGACAGACUUCAAUAGCCUCUUCAAGUUGUUCCGGAAACAUAAUUUCGGAAAAAAUCAAAGUUACGGUGAAAUGCUGGAAGAAAGACAUAAGGGAAUGUGUCACAGAAUUAUGUAUACGGAGUUGGGACUGAUUUUAACUUUUCUAGAUAAGAAUAAGAUAAAUGAUUUAUCAUCUUGGAUUAAUAACACUAAGGAGAUAGUGGAGUUUGAGCUGACCAGACUGGAGCCAAAAUCAGAUUGCAGUGUUUUGUUGUUGGCUUGGAUGAUGUUGACUUUGCAGAGUGUGACACAUGCUAGAUUGUUUGAAACUCAAUACCAACAUUAUGGAGCAACUGCAUUGAGGCUGAGAGUGUUUGAAUUCACAAACCAAAUGAUAACAAGCACUGUAUUUUCUGACAAAUCACAGUGUUCCAAAAUCGUCAGACAGAGAAUAUUUGGUCUACUCAAUGACGUGUGUGACAAGUUCGAUGGAGACAGUACAAUAAGUCAUCAGCCGGGUAUCAUGCAGCUUUGUUCCGAAUUGCUGCAAGACGAAGCUAUUGCCUCUCAGUUCUGGGUGCUACAACAAAAGGAGGAAAAUUAUGGUGUGGUGUCACUGUGGAACACUGCUCUGGAAUUCUUUCCUUACAACUUCAAUGCUCUGUCCGUGUUGGCUGCUGGUCUGGCCCAAGCGGGAGCAAGCAGUGUGAGAAAUCUACUAGGCGAACUAAAGAACUUACCAGUAUACACCGAGAUAUACAAUCCAAAUGCGGUGCCACUUAUGACGCUAAGAGGUGACGACGCCAUAAUCGGUCGCGAAUAUUCUCCCAUCCCAGCAUACAAGAUCGAAGCAGGCUCCAAAGCAAGUGUCAUGGAGAGGAAGGAAGGCACAAUGAUUCACUUCCGAACUCCAUACUCAUAUUGGACUGUGCUGAAUAGUGAGAUUGAGAAGACUUUGGAUAGACGACAAGUAUACCAGCAUUUGCAUGCGACUGUCGAGCGAGUUUACGCAGGCAGUAAAGUUUUAAAGGCGGUUUUGAUGAGUUUAGUUGAGAAUAACAAGAGUGAGAUUCCUAAGACGCUGGUGGCGCCUAGUGAAGGCGUUUUUGAUGUGUUGAUUAGGUUCAUGCGGGCCGAGUCUCCCCCGCUAUUACUGUUGGUGGAAUGUCUGAAUGUCUGCACGGCUCUCAUACCUUUAUUUGCAAAGGAGAUACAUUUGAGACUCAUAAACACAGGAUUACUACCUCGUCUGAUCAACCGCCAUCUAACUCAUGUGGAGUACGCCAAUGGCGCUUCUUUGGACUCCGCUACUGUUGGCUCGUAUCUAGUCACUAUAGAACAGACACAGGGAACUUAUAGCUUUCUAGCCGCAUAUAUAGAUAUGUUGUGUGCUUUCUAUCAGGCUUCUGAUGACGAACGAAUCACAUUAGAAAUACUUUUACCCGGACUGAUUUUACUACUAAGAGAAGUAUUCCCGAACGUAAGCAGCUGGAGGUACAACAAUAUAACUGAACGCAAAAACCUUAUUCAGCGCUGUACCAAGUUCCUAACACUUAUUCUAGAAGAGAAUAAGAAGAAAGAACAUACUGUGUUGCUAAGAAAAACUUGUGUGUACAGUCUGCUACAUACUGAAAAUGCUCUGGAACUAUUGAAAAUAACGGCUAUUGGUAAAGAUGGCUUGGAAAAACUAAUACAAGAUGAAAGUGACUGGUUCUCAGGCUCAAACUACUACUGCACUAACGUCCAACACUGCAUUGCCAUAGUCAUGUUCAUACUGAAGCAGAAAGGCCAAACGGGAGACCCAGAGGAAAUGACGCCAUUGGAAAUGCUAGUAUUCGCUCAAAACAAGCAGAAAGAUACGCUUCGAGUGGUGCCAAGAGUGACCAGCUAUAUCAAUAACGCGUUCAGUAAAAGUCUGUCGGUUCUCAGCUGUAGAUUGCUGAAGAAGUUUGCUGAUGGUUUCCAAAUGUCUCUAUUUUCGUCGCUCGACAUGACAGCGUACCAAGUACGGAUGAUGUUUCUAGAACGGUUGCGUGAUGAAAAUGAAACUGUAGCGCUCAAGAAUGCUAUUCUCGACUUUGUUACCACCUGUAUUGGAAAGCAGCCGGGACUCACUGAGGCAUUUUUCAUGAUGAACCACGAGAAGGCUAAAACCGAUGAAAAGACUGCUGAAAAAAAAGAAAAGUCGGAAGAUGAUACUUUUGAGGGUAUUCUUGGGUACAUGGCAGACUAUCUUGGAUUUGUUAAGACCGAUGCAAAACUAUUACACAGUUCAAUAUUGGGCAGUAUAAUGGCGCUGUUCCAUGCACUAUGGAAGAACAACAUGCAGAUACUAGUCAAGAAGUUGAGGGAGCACCCAAAGUUCUGGGAGUACAUGACCAGCCCGUUGUUUAGUGAAAUCCAACCUGGACUCCGGACUUAUGGACAGAUAUUCAACGUCCUCGGCAUAGAGAUGUUUGUUUCCCGAGGGAAACUGGAUGCUAGUCUACAAACAAUGCUCGAACAACUAUUCGAUGUGAACAAGAAGCACCUAGACACUUGGAUCCAGUAUGUGUUCUCAUUUGAAGGCAGAAAUAAUGAGGAGGUUAUAGACCAGGUACCCACUUGGCUGGCUCUUUUAACGUCUUGGAAGGAUUUCACAACCAUAUCCUGCAAAUGUCUACCCAUAAGUCUGAACAUAGCGCACAAAUCUAAAAUGGUAGCACCAUGCAUGUCGGCACUUUUGACUGAGUUGGACGAGUUAAAGGAUGGAAGACUGGUGGUUAUUCUUGCAGAGCUUUAUGUGAUCAUGCUGGCUAACUGGAAAGAAGACUGCUUCGAUAACCGCAAGGCGAGCGCCAAACAAAUUGACAAUUUACUUACCUACACUGCCAUAGUGUACGAAGACUUACACCUGAGAGCCAUACAUGCUAUACUAUCCAUAUGCACUGUGGCAAUCAGUAGCUUGGACUACGAAAUCAAAGCUAACGCUGAGCUGUCUCAGAGCAUAAUACGUUCUGUUACCAACAUCAAUAGCUUGGAGCUCGAAAAGCUAUUGGAUAGCGUAAAAGAAGUAAAGAAGAUAGACAAGAAACCUAACGGAAAGAGCGAGAUAACCUCUAUAGUGCUGUCUCUAGCUAUGCUCGAGCAGUGUUUGGAGUUAUACGACGUAAUGUUUGCGGGUCUAGCGCAGUGGUUUCAAUCAACGAAAUUCGUCAAUAAGUUGCUGUGUUGUCUCCAAAUGUGUUUACAGAAUAGAGCUCAUAUGGAGACUUCUUUGGCUGCCUUACGUUGUCUUACAGCGUAUGCCCGCGGCCCAUUCUCUCGAGAUCUGCUAAUGUGUGACGUAGACCAGUUUCUAUGGCUGCAACUGCUGCCUCCCAAGUUUGAGACAAACAAUUCGAAUGAGCUUCGCUGGAAACAGCAGGAGUGGUGGAAGGUGUAUUCGCACGCGCUCGACUUUAUAACGAUGAUGAUGAUUAAACAUGGAGAUUUCUUCGCCGAUACCGCUUUCACUUUCAUGGGCGUACAUGUUGAACAGAUCUCAGAAGCGGUAUUAUCCGUACGCGGCGGCGCAAGUGCGGGCACGGCGCUGGACGCGUGCGGCGCGGCGCUCGCGUUGUGCGUGCAACUGCUGCAGUACGAGCCGCGAUGGCGGGCCGGUAAUAUGCAGUGCGUGCAUAUUGUUAUGCGCAGUGUGAGUGCGAGCGCGUACCAGUGUGUGACGCAACUGUUGCGGUCGCGUCGCCCCGAGCCCGGCGCCACCGACGAGCCGGCAGCGCUACACAGAUUACUAGAAAUCCUCCACAUGGCUCUACUGUGUUUGUUGAAGUUCGGUCCAGACUUACUGUCUCUACUGGCGGACCCAGCGCUUGACUUAGAACGCUGGCAGCCAUUAAUAGAGCUGCAUUUUGGAGCACCGAAGCUGUCGUAUGAGCCGUUCCCGCAGCUAACCUUCGGCACGAUUCUGUCUGCUAUUUGUCUGCUCAUCAAGUCGCUUAAUCAUACGUACCACACGGAGGAGAUGUCUGCGGGGGUGGUGUCCGGCAGCGGGGGGAGGUCCCCGCGCCGCCGCCGGGCCUGCUCGUGCGGCUCCCCCGGGACACCGGUGUCCGGCACCGGUAGAGAGUCUGUGGGCACGCCAGGAGGUCGGGAGUCAGUGGGCAGCGUGUCGUCAGCGGCGUCGCUGCCGGCGCCGAACCCGCGCCUUAUCGCCGCCGCCGUGCACGCCGCCACUACGCUACUGGCGCAGCAGGCCCUGCUAGUUAUCCGCGACGCGUCCGUCCCGGCUCGACACAAGCAACUCGCCCGGCGCGAGCUCGCGUCCGAACUGCCCGUAUACCACGAGUUCGUGCGGCGCCGCAUCGUGUGUACGGCGCACGCUCGUCCCUACCUCGCCCGACACAAACACGCGCCCGCGCCGCUGCGUGCGAACCCCGCUGAGUUACAGGCGUUGCAGAUGGUGCGUCAAGACGAGCUAGCAGAGCCGACGCCGCCGCCGCCGCCGAAACGCGCCGCGCACGGUGCGCACGAGUCGAUGCGCGAACUCCUACUGCGCAAACACUACCUCGACCGCUGCGCACAAACUCCCACCAAACCCCCAUCCCCAGUCUCACACUCGACCCCCGCGUCCGAUAAGAAAGGCCCCCGAGUCUCCAAACGAGUCUCCUGGGCCGAAACGACCCGCGAAGACGACGAUUAUGCGAUAGAGGAGUCCGACUACUCUAUACUCACAGAAGUCCAGAUCAACAAUGAUGAAGAUUACUUCCAUUUUAUGUCCAUUUUGUUCCUUUAUGUCUGUCAAACUGAAUUGUGAAUGCAUGAUACUUUUUAAGUAAUAAAUCGUUAUUUUGUCACU